AGAGAGUUACCAGGAUGAUAACACAUCAGUUUUAGUAGAUGAUUCCGUUGCUAUGGAUACCUUAUCAAAAGUAAAGAUCUUCUGUUGGAUAACAACAAGGGAAAAGGAAGUCCACAAUAAAAUGGCGGCAGUCAAGGCGACUUGGGCAAGACGCUGCGAUAACAGAAUGUUUGUCAUGACAACGACUAAAAAAUAUCCAAGAAAAGAAAUAGUUGACCUACACAUCAAAGAUGGCCGCGAGUAUUUGACGGAAAAGACAAUAGCGUCUUUAAAGUAUAUAUACAAACAUCAUCUGAACAAUUAUGACUGGUUUCUGAAAGCAGACGAUGAUACAUUCGUGGUGAUGGAGAACCUGAAGUUUUUGUUGUCCCACUAUAACGCGAGUGAGGGGGUGUAUGUGGGUCACCUGUUCAAGAAAUAUUCCAGCUGGGGCUAUAUGAGCGGCGGCGCUGGCUACGUGCUUAGCAGAGAGGCUGUACGACUUUUGGUGGAAAAGGGGUACAAUACAGAGAACAUGUGCCUGAAGUCUGGGAUGGACGAAGACGUGGAAAUAGCUAUCUGUUUACACAAUGUGGGAAUCGCCGUUCACAACACUCUAGACAGGUUUGGUCGUGAGUCCUUCCACGCCUUCAGCGCCCUUCGCCAUAUUGUGGGCUCCCUGCCCAAAGACGUUCAGCAGUGGGAUCGCCAUCAAUCCAAAAAGGGCAAAGAAUGUUGCAGCCAGCUGACAAUAAGCUUUCACUAUGUGGAUCCUAAACAAAUGAGGGCGCUGGAAUUUCUGUUGUAUAGGACGAGUAUCUACGGGAGAAAAACCGAACCAUUAUUUUUUAAACAUUUCUUUCAAAUAGGUGUCGUUCCCUCAUUACCUCCACAGUGGCCCUGGGCAGGCUGCAGGCGGCUGCUAAAGACAUUCACAAAGAAUAUUGCCUGGUUACGUUACUGUAGAGAGAACUGAAAUCAUGGCCAUAUUUGUUUAAUAAUCACUGAAAACACAUUUUCAGAAUAUACUUCAUAGAAAUAUCAUGUUGUGCAUACAGGUUUUGAAUACAGACACAGGUUUUC